AUGCCAGAAUGUUUAUAUGUUAAACAGGUUGAGAUGAAAAAACAUCUUAGUCCUUUGAAAGAUAAAAAGAAAGAUAUAGAACUGGUAAUAGAUUUAAUAACUGGAAAUAGUGACUCCUCUUUCUUCUUGCGUGAACUUACUGAAAGUGUUAUCUCAUCUAAGUGA